AUGCCUACGGCGACUAAUGCAUCCAUAUCCAAGGAUGGCUCCGUUACGUCGAGUUCCAAACCGGCGUCUCAGCCGUCUCAGAAAUCGAUGACCAAGGCUGAACGCCGCGAGCUGCAGGAACGACAACGAGCCGCAAAACUAGCACAGAAGCAACCACAAGGCUCCUUAAAUUCUGCGGCAUCAUCCUCGAAAUCCAAGCAGGCAUCGACACCACAAAAGAAAUCUCAGGUUACUGACACGAACAAGCCUGCUGCAUUGUUAGGAAAAGAAGCAUCGCUAACCGCCAAAGAUGCCGCUUUGUCCGUUGCUGCUGCCGCUGCGGAUAGUGUUGAAGCCCAGAAAUCGCGUGGAUUGCGGAUAUUUUCCCACUUUGGCGCGCCGAAACCGUUGGGAGCCGGGGUGAAGGGCGAUAUACAUCCGGCAAUUGUUAGGCUUGGUUUACUGUUCUCAGAAUUCAAGAUAUGUGGCGCCAAUGCACGCUGUAUUGCGACUCUUUCCGCGUUUAAAACGGUCAUACAAGACUAUACAACACCCCCUAAUAACACGCUUUCACGACAUCUAAUGACACAUAUCUCGCCUCAGAUAACGUACCUUGUAUCUGCAAGACCCAUGUCCGUCACUAUGGGAAACGCCAUCCGACAACUAAAGCUAGAAAUCAGCGGGUCUGACAUCGACUUACCCGAACAAGAUGCCAAGGAUGCACUCUGUCAGAAAAUCGACAAUUACAUUCGUGACCGAAUAAUAAUCGCGGACGAAGUCAUCCAAGACCUGGCUGGCAAGAAGAUCAAGGACGGUGACGUUAUCCUCACACAUGCCAGGUCUUCAUUAGUUCAAAAGAUCCUUUUGCACGCACACUCAGAAGGAAAACGAUUUUCUGUCAUCGUAGUCGAUUCAAGGCCACUUCUCGAAGGAAAAAAGCUUCUGCAUGCGCUCACUUCUACGGAACCUCCAAUACCUUGCACAUACGCAUUUCUUUCCGCUCUUCCUUCCGUCGUUUCUGAAGCAACGACUGUUUUGGUUGGUGCUCAUUCGCUCCACUCUAACGGCGCAGUGUAUUCAAGAGCUGGGACCGCGCUGGUCGCAAUGAUGGCCAAGGCCCACGGGGUGCCUGUUGUAGUUUGUUGCGAGACGUACAAGUUUAGCGAGACUGUCAUGCUGGAUGGGUUCGGCAAGAACGAGCUAGGUGUGUGGAAUCCAUUUCGAUCGGAAAGAUGCACACCCAGAUGUUGUAUUCGAUCAGCCCCAGCAAACUUCUCACCUUCGGAGCCAAAGCCAAAUCCGACGUUAGAAGUAUUGAAUCCACUCUAUGAUGUGACCCCGCCUGCGAGUAUCACGGCAGUCGUUACCGAAGUCGGUAUGAUCCCUCCCACCAGCAUCAGCUCAAUACCCCUCGCCUUGGGUAAAACAAGCUUGUAG